CCCGAACCCUCGUCCUGCGGUGUGGCUCCCAAAGCGUUCCGGGCACUUCCGUGCGCCGCUCGGCGGGAGCGGAAGUGGCGCUGGCCGGGCCGUUGUGUCAAUCGCACCGUCCCGCUGGCCCUGGAGCCGGCGCGGAGCUGGAGGGGACAAAUAGGGCGGCAGCAGAGAAGGCCGAGGGGCAGGCAGAGAGAUGGCGACGGGUGCAGACGUGCGGGACAUUCUGGAGCUGGGGGGUGUGGAGUCGGAGAACACGGGCACCAUCAACAAAAAGGAUAUCAUCAACUCAGAUAAGAAAAAAUCCAAGAAAUCUUCAGAGACGUUGACAUUUAAGAGGCCAGAAGGAAUGCACCGAGAAGUUUAUGCACUGCUCUACUCUGACAAGAAGGAUGCACCUCCUCUGCUGCCAAGUGAUACAACUCAGGGUUAUCGAACAGUCAAAGCAAAACUGGGGUCCAAGAAAGUCCGGCCCUGGAAGUGGAUGCCUUUCACCAACCCCGCGAGAAAAGAUGGAGCAAUGUUCUACCACUGGAGGAGAGCAGCAGAGGAAGGGAAGGACUACCCUUUUGCCAGGUUCAAUAAAACAGUACAGGUGCCUGUCUACUCAGAGCAGGAGUACCAGAUGUAUCUCCAUGAUGAUGCAUGGACCAAAGCUGAGACAGACCACCUCUUCGACCUGGCUCGGCGUUUUGAUCUGCGCUUUGUGGUGAUUCACGACCGCUAUGAUCACCAGCAGUUCAAGAAAAGAUCAGUGGAGGACCUGAAGGAGCGGUAUUAUCACAUCUGUGCCAAGCUGGCUAAUAUUCGUGCAGCUCCAGGAACAGACCUGAAAAUCCCAGUUUUUGAUGCUGGCCACGAGAGGCGAAGGAAGGAACAACUAGAAAGGCUGUACAAUAGGACACCAGAGCAGGUGGCAGAAGAAGAAUACCUCAUCCAGGAGCUCCGUAAGAUUGAAACCAGGAAGAAAGAGAGAGAAAAGAGAACCCAAGACCUGCAGAAGCUCAUCACAGCCGCUGACACCACCACUGAGCAGAGACGUGCAGAGCGCAAGGCUCCCAAGAAGAAACUACCGCAGAAGAAGGAGACAGAGAAGCCUGCUGUUCCUGAGACUGCUGGCAUCAAGUUUCCUGGACUUCAAAGUCUGCAGGUGUCACGCCUGCGAAAGCCAGCGAGAAAACUGCCAAGCUCGGUGGGACAGAAGAAGAUUAAAGCCCUGGAGCAGAUGCUGAUGGAACUCGGAGUAGAUCUCAACCCUAUGCCCACAGAGGAGAUCGUCCAGAUGUUCAACGAGCUACGGAGUGACCUGGUGCUGCUGUACGAGCUGAAGCAAGCGUUUGCCAACUGUGAAUAUGAGCUGCAGAUGUUACGGCACCGCUAUGAGGCCCUGGCCAAAGCUGGUAGCAUUGGCCCCCUCAGGUGGGUAGGUGCCCAUCCAGAUGGCCAGGCAGGGCUCGGCAUGGAGGAGGUCAAGGGAGAUGGCAAGGACCAAAAUCAUUGAUUGUAGUUAGGAGCACCACUGACCCCCAACUCGGUGAGAAGGAAGGUUGUGGGGGCAGAACAGGAGCACUCAGGGUCUCCGACGCAGAUGCCCCUGACAAGCGCUGGGGUGCUCCCCUGCUCUCCCUCCAGGCCGUGCGCGUCCAUGGGAGCACAGCACGCCUGUUCCCCCAGGUCCCAGUGCUGCUCUCUGGGCUCGUCUCCUGUGGCUGGACAGUGUUCUUGGUGCUAUAGGUGGGGUCAGCAGGGCUUUCGUACAUCCUGCAUGCAGGCAAAUGGCUUGACCGUGGGUUGCCACCGUGGACCAAAGCAGGCAAGGCUUUGGGUGACUAGAGCUUGCACUAGGGCAAGCAACAGCGAUCCAGUACAGCUGCAGGGCCUGGGGCAUUUUCCUUCCAGGACACAGGCCCAUAAGGGUUGCUCAGCAAAGGGCAGUGAGUGGGGAAAGCAGUCUUGAGGUGAUGAGCCAUGACUAGCCCAAAUCCUGGAGACAAGCAGUAGUCCUUGCCCAGAGCAGGAGGCUUUGGGGAAGGAGAGAGGUGUUUGAAAGAGCAGAGGGUUGUUUUUAUAACGUACUUCCAGUGCCGGAGAGGAAAGCCAGACCUGAGGAUUCUCCACAGCGAACCCUGUGGACAAUGUCCUGUGCAGGUACCUCUGCAGGAUGCAAAUCACCAGCCUCUCUUCCCUGACCUCUGUGAGGGCAGGCUGCUCAGCCCCUCACCACUGCCUCAGGGCCAAGGGUAUGCCUGGAGGAUCAAGCAGAGGUUGCUUUCCCCUCUGUGCUGUCCCCAGUACAGCUGAGCUGAACUGCCUGAAUAAAAGCUGCCUGUCUGCACACAGUGGCAUCCUCGACGCCUCAGACAUACUGCCCCUGGUAGUGGGCACACACCUUUGAUUUCUAAAAUGUAAAAUGUAUUGCAGGAUAUCGAGAACACCUUAUCUGUCAACAGUAGAGUGACACGUUAAUCUGGACUUGAGUGAUGUCCUAUUUGAUUGUGACAACAUGGAGUCGUAAGGAAGCGUUCCACUGAGACAGGUUCAUGUUUGUAAAGGAGUCUUCUGAUUUUUAAUUUUUUUUUAAUUAUUUUUUCCCCCCUGUGGCAUCAGUCUGAAAUCUCACUCUUCCCUGCGAUCUGGAGUGUCCUGGUUUGCCAGCUCCUUGGGCUGGUUCACAAGACACUUGCUCUCCCUUGAGACUUUGCUUGUUGGGAAGGUGGAAGGAGGUGGUGGUGGUGGGUGUGGCUGUAGGAGGAGGGGGCCCAUGCCUGUGGUUCUGACCACCUUGUUCCUCAGUGCCACCUCCUGGAACUGGAAACAAAGGGGUGGGCCCAGACAGCACAGAGAGGGUUAAACUGACCUGGUCUCUGACAUAUUUGAAAGAAAUAUAAUCAAGUUAAUUCACUGCAAGGCAAAUUCAGUACCUAAAGGGCCCCCAUGUUAAAUACAGCACUGACCUUUACCGGCUGAUUACACCAAAGACGACACAAUUAGAUUAGUCCAAGACAAAGGUCAAGCACAUUCACACUGUGACCAUUUUAUGCUACCUUUUGGAGAGGCGGGAAAAUUACAUCCCAGCUGGAGGGGGUGGUCUUGGAGAGGAGGGGAGUGGGGCUGCUGUACCACCUUCUGCUGGGCUCAGGUAUAUCUGGGGGCUGGGGCAGGGCCUGGCACUGGUGCUUGCCUCGAACCCUAUCUGCUGUUGUGGACAGUGUGGCCGUGGGUGAGAUCAGCGGCCUGUGGCCCAGAACCAGCUUUCCAAGGAUGGAGUGAGCUGAGGCCACGUGUUGGGUGAUGCUCCUGGCCCUGCCCAGAGCUGGUAGGAGCAGCCCCAGUGCGUCUCGCUCAGUGUCAUGGGCUAAAAAUUGUGGCCUCUGGAAGGUCAGUGGGCUGGGGGCAGCUCUGAGAUGGGGGUGUUGGGGCCAGUUGCUCUCUAGUUGCCUGGUGGGGUGCAUGCAUGUGUCCCCACCCUGUGCAGAAAAAACCCUGAGGUGUCCCCAGGUGAUGGGACAGCGUGGGAAGCAGCAGGCCCAGGACACUGCAAGAGGAUCUUGCAGUGGGGUCAGCAACACUGGUAGUGCCAACAUGUUCUGUAGAACAAACCCAACCAUGAUUUGCAGUGGCCUUUCCCUCCCUUCCCUCCCUCACCUCCUGCAGCCCUUGCCCUUUCUGUGGCUGAGGCUGCUUCAGCAGUUUAACCCUGCCAUGCCAGCCUUGAACUCCCGAGUUCAAGUGUGUGCUUUGCCACUGAGCUACCCUGGGGGCCUUGGGGGAAUCAUUUAAUCUCGUCUUGCCUUCAAAUUCCUUUGAGUUGGUGAAUCCCUUUGGUGCUGUCUAGCACUGUCCGUCCCUGGCACUCCACAUUUGGGAUUAAGCAGGGAUUAGUUCAGCCUCCAAACCAGCUGCUCCCCUGAAAGCCAGAAUUGUUUUCCUGGAGAGAAAUAUCUUGUUCCAGAUGUUGGAGGGAAUGAGUGGCAAAGCCAGGAAAAGGACUAGGAUCCUGGCUCCAAGCCCUGCCCAGCCAUGCCUGGAUUCCUUUCCAGGAAUUGGAACAGAUAGGCAUAGGCACAUCAGAGUCCUGAAGGUACUGAUUGUGACAAUAUCUGGCUGCCACCAUCCCCUUGGCCAGCAGUGGGGAGGGGGACAUCUCCGCAGAGUGUUUAAGCCCAGAUUAGGAGAAGUAACUGCCUGUUCUAGGCAGCCAGACUCCACAGGGUAGCGGGAAGCCCAGCACCGUUCUGCUGUGUCCACUGCAUCCUCUCCUGUCCUGGCUGCUGGUCCACCCUCUCCUGGGGGCUGCAGUGCCAUCACUGACCAUUAAAGCUGAGGCUGGGAUCCCCCAGUGCCAUCUGCUGCUGACCCCGGUAGGGGACUUUACUCGGGGCCUUCGGGAGGUGAAAGGUGAGCCGAACUCGAACAAAUUAGUUCCAAGCAGAAGUUCAGCCAGUUACUCCAGAUUGGAUCCUUUGAUUUACACAACUCAGACUCCCACUCAGUGAUCUGUAAUGAGUGACUCUCAGAAAUCCUCACAUUGCAGCACUUUGUUCCUGAGCUCACAAGUCAGCCCAUUAAUGGGUAAAGGAAAGGACCUCGAGUCUAAGAAGUCUCAGGUUCAGAGUCAGAUUAUUUGACUUUUAAGCUUCCUUUAUCUGAACUCCUGCUGACUUCUUGUUUUCUGAGCCUGUUGAAAAGCUAGAAGUUACAUUGUUAAGAUCAAACAUUCUCUCUUUCCAGAUGGAGUUACAAUAUCUGUCUUUUAUAUAUAUAGUAUAUUUUAAUAUAUAUA